AUGACGCAGCUGGAGAAGCUCUACCUAGACGAGACUGAAAUUGUGGGUAGACUGUCAAGUUUCUCUAAACUCAUCCGUUUGGAGGAGCUCUUCCUUCGAAACACUGGAGUGCAGGGUGAGCUCUCUAGUCUUCGCAAGCUAAGGAAGCUGCAGAAACUCUACUUAGGCAACACCAAGGUUGCUGGCGAGCUCUCGGGACUUGAGAAAAUGACACAGCUGAAGUAUCUCGAACUCAGCAAUGCUAAAGUUGCUGGUGAUUUGUCAAGUCUCCAGGGGCUUUCCCAGUUGCAUGGGGUAUUUCUCAGCCACACCAAGGUUACUGGUGACUUGUCAGGUCUCCAGAACCUGACCCAGUUGAAGCAGUUCUUCCUCAGUGGCACCGACAUUGUCGGUGAUUUAUCGGGUUUGCAGGGUAUGCUCCAGCUGGAGAGGAUUGACCUUGACAACACUCAAAUUGGUGGUGACAUCUCAAGUCUCCAGCGCAUCCAAAUGCUGCAUUACUUGAUCCUCGACAACACCAAAGUGAGCGGCAACGUCUCAUGUCUCCACAGCUUGUCACGGCUAGAGCAUCUCGGCCUGGAGAACACCAAAGUUGGUGGAAACCUGCUGAGCCUCCACGCCUUCACCCGCUUGCGAGAGCUCAUGCUCAGCAACACCCCAAUUACGGGUGAAUUGUCCAAUCUCCAGACUUGUAGCCAGCUGCAGGUUCUCGACCUCAGUGGCAGCUAUGUGGCAGGUGACUUGUCAAGCUUGAGGAGCUUCCAGGCCCAACAUCUAGAGACGCUCGUCCUCAGCAACACCGAAGUUCAAGGUGACCUGUCAAGCCUCCAAACCAUGACCCAGCUGAAGGUACUCGACCUCGGCAACAGUAAAGUGGCUGGUGAUUUGCGCGGUCUUCGCACCAUCACGGAACUGACCGCUCUUGACCUCACCAGCACCAAAGUGGCCGGUGAUCUUUCACAUCUCAAGACGGCUGCACAGCUGCGGUUUCUCGACCUUGCAAAUACCAAGGUUGCAGGUAACUUAUCAAGCCUUCACCAACUGACUGAGCUGGAGAAGCUCUACCUGGACAGCACUGAAGUUGUUGGUGACCUGUCAAGUCUCCAAACUCUUUCAGAACUGCAAGAGCUUUUUCUCUCUAGUACUGAAGCUGCCGGCGACCUGUCCAAUCUCCAGAAGAUCAAGUACCUGGAGUACCUCGUCCUUGACAACACGAAAGUUUCCGGCGACCUCUCAGGUUUGCAGACUAUGGCCUUUUUGGAGAGUCUCGACCUAAGAGGCACCGCAAUUUCGGGUGACGUAUCAAGUUUGAAGACCUUGACGCAGCUGCAGCAUCUUUAUCUUGCAAACACUGAAGUAGUGGGUGACUUGUCGGUCAUCUUACACUGGCACCAUAUCAAGACUGUCGACCUGUCUCAUACCAGUGUGUCAGGACAGCUCACUGCCCAUUGGCGGGGGCAUGCGUUGGAGCUUAGAACCUUCAAGCUGUCGCACAGUCAAGCAAAAUUUGUUCCAACGAACGAAGACCUACUGGAACUUCGAGUGUAUUACACUUCAUCUGGGCCCGACUUCUUGUCCAAGGCAGUGUUGCCACAGCUGAACGUCUUGGAGUUGAGUGGAUGUCCGCUGCACAGUCAGAUUGGGGACCUCUUGCUUCCCCUCUCCGCUUGCCCGGUCUUGACCAGCAUCAAGGCUGCAAACUGCGGCCUAUUUGGGGUUCUCCCCAGCCUGAAGCUUGCAAGCGCGCAGGUGGAUGGAAUCACGUGGACAACAUGGGAGUCACCUUUGUUGCAGUCACUGUUGACAUGGGAUCUUUCUUCAAAUAAGCUGGAUCAUGUUGAAGCAAUUCCUGGCAAUGUUCAGGUAUUGAUGCUGGCAGGAAAUCCGGCUUUGAGCUUUGCAGAUGGUGUGCUACGUAAGGCUGUGACGGCUGGCGUGUUCCUGGACCUACAGAAUGUCACUCUUACAAACAGCACGGAGAUUGAAGAGCUCCUGGAAGAACGCGCGCUGACAAAAACUCCUGAGCUAUUUUCGGUGAACCUUGAAGGUGGUUAUUCCUGCUACUCGAUCAUGUCCAAGUCUUUGCACAUCACGCCGGAAAAGUUGCUACCGCAGGACCUGUGCCGUUGCUCGCCUGGAUUUGAAGGCACUGCAGUGAAUUGCAAGAAGUGUCCCGGGAACACUUUUAAGCGUAGCUACAGUGGCAUUUGCAAGACUUGCCCGGAGGGGAGUGAGCCAGAAGGAGGCAUUUCAUGCCGUUGCACCUUUGGUGACAUGGUCGAGAGGGCUGGCGUUUACUCGUGCCCCGAGUGCAGAGCAGGCCAGGCAUCGAAUGGAACUUCUGAUGAGAUCCACAGUGACCACAAGAGUGAAAACUGCAUACCGUGCCACAACUCGCACCUGGUUUGCGCCGAUCCAGGUAUGCUGCUUUGGCUUGCACCGCCGGAGGAAGGCUUUGCACGCCUCAAGGUGAAUGAUACCUUGGCCCUACCUUGCCUUCCACCGAAGAAGAGCAGGUGCAACAGCACUUCUGGCAAAGGUUCAGCACACCCAGAAUGUGCGAAAGGUUACAGAGGUAUUCUGUGCUCAGACUGUGCCGCUCACCACUACCUCAGCAACAAGAUUUGUGAGCCCUGUCGGAGCGGGGACAUGCUUCCAGACCAUUGGCAAGUUGCUGUGGCAAUUUCAGCGGCUCUUGCACUAGCAGCUCCAUUUGCAUUGGUGUUUUUGACCUUGGCGUUGGUUUGGGUGCGGCACAAACCACGGUGGCCCGCAAUUGGCCCUUGGAAAGAUCAGCUCCUCAUACAGGCCCCAAUUCUUUUGCAAACGUGUCAGCUCUGGGCUGUGCUGGCACUCUUGAUGAAAGGUGAGGGUCAGCAAGGUGACGCAAUUCUGCCAAAUUGGGACCUACCUUACAUCGAGGUGUUGCAGUUCUCCGUGGCCAGCCUCAAGGGCGCUUUGAAUUUGCAAUGCAAGUUUGAUGGUGCGAUGAUUCGAUUGGGGUUCGGACUGAUGGCCCCAGUGGCCCCAGUGCUAGUCGUGCUGUGCUGCCUGGGGAUGGAGGCGAUAGAUCAUGGCUUUGGCAUUGCCGCAGCAUUGAAGGCUCUUACACUCUUCUACGUGGGAGGUGCUUCCAGUACAUUCAAGCUCUUGAGCUGCCAGAGAGUGGAUGGAGAACGAGUCAGUCUUCCCAAUGAGUUUGCGUUCCGCAAGUGGUUGCCUCACUUGCGUUGCCAUGAUCCCUCCUUGUCACUCGUGGACACCAUGGGCUAUGUGAGUGCCUUCUGCUAUGGAGUCCUAGUUCCGUGUGCUUUGGCCUACUUGUAUGCGAGGCAACACUUGGCACUUUUACCAGGCAAGAUGAUGAUGGCUCCUUCGGUGAAGGAUGGCAAUGACGGGGCUUUGGAGAUCCGAUUGGCCGAGCUGAGCAGUUGUUCAUGGGAGAAAAUGCUGGUGAAGGACCAGGAAGGAACUCUCAAACGGCGUUUGGUUGCUGCAUCAGCUGCUCACAUUGCUGUGCUGAUCCGUGGCCGUGCACUUGUCCAACUCAAAGAUGGAGCUGCCAUUGUAAAACCCAGCGCAGGUGCAAGUGGACGAAGUACUGAAGCUCACACUUCAGGUGGAAGCAAUGAGCAGCUGCAAGUCGGAGACGUGUUGAAUUUCAUGGGCGCAGAGCUGGACACCAAGGGCACGAUCAAAUGCCGAGAGCUCGCAGAAGCUAUGAUGGACAGGUGUCUGUUGGAAGAAGCGGAAGCAUCAGAGCGCGCCUUAGCAGGUUCCAAGAACAUCUUGUUCAAGUAUGCACGCUGCCGAAGCAUCUAUAUGGAAAUUAUUCAAAAGUUGGUGGCUGUUGCAUUGGUCUCCGUCGUCGGUAGUGAGAAUGGUCUUGAAAUGUCGUUGACGAUCAUCUUGCUCAUGGCCGCUGCAAGUGCUAUGGUGCAACCCUUCUUGCUUCCGCAGGUCAAUGUUCUCCAGUGCGGCUGCUUCUUGUGCUUGGCCUUUGCCGCCUUGAGCUUCAGCUACCAAAAUGCUUGGCUAAGCCGUGUUGCCUUGGCAGCGCCCUUUCUCUUGAGUGCUGUGUUGGCCUUGAGACCCGACAGCACGGAGGGCCUCGCGGCGCGGAUCUGGCAGCAGCUGAAGGAGACAACAGACCUGGAAGAUGGCAAGCCAGUGGAGGUCAUCGCAGAGACUUAUGCCUUCCUCUGA